GUUUUUCCCUAACGCCGCCUGGCGCUGAUAACGGUUUACCUUGGUUCGCUAGUUCCCUUUAGUAGCACUCGCGCGCCUGCCAGGCACAACCACACGCUCCCUCCCAAUCGCUCGGGCUCGUGGCAACAGGGGCAGAACGCUGAGCCUAGUCCGUGCACUGCUAGAGACAGACGGGGAGCGAUGCUGGCCAGUAGUGAUCCGGCGGCACAAGGGGAUUCACAGAACGCAGGAAUGAAGAGACCUUUGAGUCCAUCUUGCUCUGUAGAAAAUGGUACAUCUGAGACUCUCCUGCAAGAAAAUGACAGCAUGGUUCUUCAGUCUAUUGUGACAGACCAGAGAGUAAAGAAGGAGAAAAAACGCAAAUCGUUAACUCUAUGUGAGGUGUGCAAUAUUCAGCUUAACUCUUCCACCCAGGCCCAGAUUCAUAAUAACGGAAAAUCUCAUCAGAAACGCCUUCGACAACUGAACAAGGGAAAGACAGUUGCAAAUCCUGACCAGAAAGAAGGUAUAGUGGCGUGCCAGAAGAAUGAAAGAAUAGUGUAUUACCUGAAAGCUUCCACUGGUCAGAGCAGUCCUUUCCUGUCAUCACUCCCUGCUUUUGGAAGAACAUUAACUCCACAACUGGAUAUCAAGCACUUUCUCCCAUUACGCAUAAAUGGAGGCUCCCCGCUCAGCCUGUUUCCCAACUUCAACACGAUGGAUCCUGUGCAGAAAGCAGUGAUAAAUCACACAUUUGGAAUUCCACCACCCCUGAAAAAGAAACAGUAUAUUUCCUGCCAUGUCUGCCACCUGAGAUUCAACUCUGCGAACCAGGCUGAAGCUCACUUCAAAGGCCAUAAGCAUGCUCGGAAGCUCAAAGCUACAGAGGGCUCAAAACACAAACAAAAAAAUUCUACAGCCUCAAGAAACAACAGUGCAGCAAAGUCCUUGCCAAUGCUAAAUGGAGCCGUAAGCACAAAUCUUAAUAACACAACCCAGCAGGACAGUCCAGAAGAUCUGAAGGAAAUGGAGGCUGAGAACAGCACAGUGAUGCUUACUCCAGACUCGAGCAUAUCGUCCACUGAACUGGUGGGCAACGUCACAUCUUUGGUUUCACCCCCAGCUUCAGAAUUGUCUGAGGGUACACCAGAUGGCAACAUGAUCCCAGCCAUUAUAGUGAGCACCGAAUGCAUAGAGAAUGGGUUAGACAUAAGUAUUACAUCCACAUCACAAAGCCAGAAAGAAGGCAAGAAAAGCAAAUCACAUCUCCAUUGCCCUGUGUGCAAAGUAACUGUCAACUCAGCAUCUCAGCUUGAAGCACACAACAGUGGUAAGGCUUUUUGUUACCUUUAUAAUGAAAGACUCAUGAUAUACUAGAAAAUCAAACAAUUA